AUGUCACAAUUAUUUGAAUGGGCUUUUGGUAAAAAGCUAACUCCACAAGAACGACUUCGGAAGAACCAAAGGGCGUUGGAGAAGACUCAGCGAGAACUCACCCGCGAAGUAACCAAAUUACAGCAACAGGAGAAGAAAUUGAUUAGUGAUAUCAAAAAGUCAGCCAAACAGGGGCAAAUAUCGAGUGCAAAGAUCCAAGCUAAAGAUUUAAUUAGGACCAAGUCAUAUAUAAACAAGUUUAAUUCGAUGAAGGCGCAAUUACAGGCGAUCUCAUUGCGUGUGCAAAGUGUUAGGUCCAAUCAGCAAAUGGCAAUGUCAAUGCGCGAUGCAACUAGAGUAUUAUCGGGAAUGAAUAGAUCGAUGAACUUGCCGCAGUUGUCGAGAAUAGCUCAAGAAUUUGCCAAGGAGAAUGACAUGAUGGAUCAGAAACAAGAGUUUAUGGAUGAUGCCAUUGAUGAUGCCAUGGCUAUGGAUGAAGAUGAGUUAGGGGAAGAGGAACAGAUUGAUGAAAUAUUGGGCAAGGUACUUGAUGAAAUUGGAGUUGAUUUGAAUUCUAAUUUGAAAGAUAUCCCGACUGGAAUCAAUGCAGGUCAAGAAACGGUCAAUAAUGGGAGAGUUGCCGAGAGUGUGGGUGCCAAUGGUGAAAGUGGUGGAGGCGCAAGUGGGCCCUCGAAUACUGAUGAAGAUGACUUACAAGCAAGAUUAGAUAGUUUAAAAAAGUGA